GGUAAGCUGCAACUUUCUCCUCCUUCCCAACCGCCUGCAAAUCCCUGAACCCGCAGCUGACAAGCCCUCGCCUCGCCCCCGGAUCUCGGCUCGACUGGCGGCUCGGUGGCGACAGGACGGGACUCUCCUUAAUUGGGGUUUCUAUGAUUUUUUAGGACUGGGGAAGGCGUGGGACGGCUGCAGAAACUCCAAAAAGCCCCUGGUCACCUCUGGAGACCACAAUGGUCACUGUGAAAGGCUGGAUCCUCCUCCUCCUCCUCCUCCUCCUGGGAGCCACAUCCGUUCUAGGACAAAGGAUUCUGAAACCAGCCCUCAGCAGGGUCCAGAUAGGACAAAAAACCUUCAGCCCGUUGGUAAUGCUCAGCUUGGAGAGUACGAGGAGCAGCUCUCGCCGGGGAGACCCGACCUUCACCUACGUCAGACGCAGUAGGUUCCUGCCGGCGGUGCCAUGGGGUCCACUGGUGCAAGAUUCAAAAAGGUUUUUGUCUCCAUGGUCGAAAUGGAGCGAGUGCUCAGCAAAGUGUGGCCAAACCGGGGUGCAGAAGCGUACCAGAUCCUGCCUAGCUGAGCGCUUCUGGGGCGUGCACUGUAAUGAAGCAACUGAGGAAGGGCGGCUCUGCAUUGGACAUGUUUGCUCAGGCUGCAACAUCACCUGCCCCAUGGGCCAUGUCAACGCUGACUGUGACUCCUGCAUGUGUGAGGAUGCCACUCUGCACGGAGAGGUGUCUCUCGAGGAUGGGUCGCCCGCUGCCGAUGCCCGGGUCUACCUGCAAGCCAAGAAACUCAAGCUGCUGACAAUGGCCGAUAACAGAGGCAUGUUUAGGAUCCCAGGGAUUUGUCCUGAUGGUAAAAACACCCUGAAAAUAAAGAAAGCCAAAUAUGCAACCGCGACCUUCACCGUGCCCGAGAGCACCCGGAGAAACCUGGCGAUCCAAGUGCAGCUGCACCGAUCAGGCAAACCCUACGUUUUCAGGAGCCCUGAGGACAAGGCCAGGAGAGCGGGACAGAGCGUGUCGUUCUGCUGCGAUGCCCGUGGGAGCCCAGCCCCUGACCGCUACCUCUGGUACCACAAUGGCUCACUGCUGGAUCCCUCCUUGUACAAAUAUAAAAACAACCUGAUUCUGAAGAACCUGAAGAGAGAACAGUCAGGAGAGUAUUUCUGCAAGGCCAGCAGCGCCGGGGGGUCAGCCAAGUCCCAGGUUGCCAAGCUGGAUGUCAUAGGAAGAGAAGAGGCAGCCUGCAACCCCAAGCCCCAAAGCCACCUCAUCAGACUUCCUCACGACUGCUUCCAAAAAGCAACAGACUCCUUCUACUACGAUGUGGGCAAGUGCCCAACAAAGACCUGUGUGGGGAAGCUGGAUAAGGGACUCCGGUGUAAGGACAACGUCUCCUACUGCUGUGGGGUGUCCAAAAUGGAAACCAGGGACAUAUCCUGCAACGGGUACACGCUCCCCACUAAAGUCAUCGUGGAAUGUGGCUGCAAAAAAUGCACCGAGACCAAAAUAAUGGUUCGAGGCAGAGCCACAGCAGCAGAUAAUGGAGAGCCACUCAGGUUUGGCCACAUCUACAUGGGGAACAAGAGAGUGAGUAUGACUGGCUACAAGGGAACCUUCUCUGUCCACGUCCCAGCAGACAUGGAGAGACUGGUUCUAACUUUUGUGGAUCGGCUGCAGAAGUUUGUGAACACAACAAAAGUUCUGCCCUUCAAGGAAAAUGGAGGUGCUGUGUUCCAUGAGAUCAAGCUACUGAGAAAGAAACCUCCUGUUACACUGGAAUCCACUGAGACCAACGUGAUCUCUCUGGGAGAAAUGGAAGAAGAUGAUCCAAUUGCUGAAUUAGAAAUUCCUCCCAACGCAUUUUAUAGGAAAAACGGAGAGGCCUACAGAGGCAAAGUGAAAGCCAGCGUGACGUUCCUGGACCCAAGGAACAUCUCCACAGCCCCCGUGACACAAAGUGACCUGAACUUUGUAGACGAGGAAGGAGAUGUGUUUCCACUCCGCACGUACGGCAUGUUUUCCGUGGACUUCACUGAUGAGCGGGGCACCGAGUCCCUGAACGCAGAAGACGUGAAGGUUCAUUUGGAUGCCGCUCAGGUCAAGAUGCCAGAGCACCUGCAGGAGAUGAAGCUUUGGUCCCUGAACCCAGAGACAGGGCUGUGGGAGGAAGAAGGGGACUUCAACAUCCAGAGGAGCAGACGGCGCAAAAGGGAGGAGAGAACUUUUUUGGUUGGGAACAUGGAGAUCAAAGAAAGGCGGCUUUUUAACCUGGAUGUCCCGGAGAGCAGACGGUGCUACGUCAAAGUCCGAGCCUACAGAAGUGAGAGGUUCCUGCAAAGUGAGCAGAUCCAAGGGGUUGUGAUUUCUAUUAUAAAUAUGGAGCCAGAACCAGGGUUCUCCUCCAACCCCAGAGCGUGGGGCCGUUUUGACAGUGUGGUCACUGGUCCCAAUGGUGCUUGUGUGCCCGCCUUCUGCGAUGAGCAAAACCCCGAGGCCUAUGGAGCUUAUAUCUUGGCAAGCAUGGGGGGCGAAGAGCUUGAAGCUGUGCCCUCUGCUCCCAAACUCAACCCUGCUGCUAUUGGGGUCCCACAGCCGUACCUCAACAAGCUCAACUACAGGAGGACAGACCACGAGGACUCCAACACUAAGAAAACAGCAUUCAGCAUUAACAUGGCCAAGCCAAGCCCCAAUUCCCCAGAAGAGAACAACGGCCCUAUUUAUGCCUACGAGAAUAUUAGCGAGUGCGAGGAAGCUCCUCACAGCGCUGCGCACUUCAGGUUUUACAGGAUAGAGGGAGACCGGUACGACUUCAACACCGUUCCCUUCAGUGAAGACGACCUCAUGAGCUGGACCGACGACUACCUGGCAUGGUGGCCCAAGCCCAUGGAAUUCAGGGCCUGCUACAUUAAAGUGAAAAUAAACGGACCCCAGGAGGUGAACGUGAGAUCUCGUAACAUGGGUGGGACGCACCCGCGCACCAUUGGCCGGCUCUACGGGAUCAGGGACGUCCGCAGCAUCCGCGACCCACAGCGGCAGGACGUGUCGGCGGCCUGCGUGGAGUUCAAGUGCAGCGGAAUGCUCUUCGACCAGGACCGCGUGGACCGCACGCUCGUCAAGGUGGUGCCGCAGGGCAGCUGCCGCCGAGUGAGCGUCAACAGCAUGCUCCACGAGUACCUGGUGAACCACCUGCCCAUGGCCACCAACAACGACACCAGUGAGUACACCAUGCUGGCGCCCCUCGACCCGCUAGGGCACAACUACGGCAUCUACACCGUCACCGACCAAGACCCCAGGAUCGCCAAGGAAAUCGCCCUGGGCAGGUGUUUCGACGGCUCAUCUGACGGCACCUCCAGAACCAUGAAGAGCGAUGUGGGCGUCGGGUUGACUUUCACCUGUUCGGAGAGGAGCGCAGCGGAGCAAAGCAUCUUCCAGUCUCAGAGGAACUCGGGCCAGCAGUCCAUAGUGAUUCAGCCAGGGCAGAGACCCGCGUACCAGAGGCCACCAGCAAGCCGCCGGAACAACCAAGGCAGGAUCCCUAUGAGAGGUCAACGUCCCGUCUCCUAGAGCUGUAGAGGAGCAUUGGUAAAGUCACUCACGCUCAGUUAAAUAUGAUUUGAAAGUAACAUCAACCUGCUAAUAGCCUAACUGAAAGCUGGUAGGUGUCGUUGUUUGUGAGACGUAAUUAAGGUGCCACUUUUGUUUUUUUGUUUGUUUUUUUUUUUCCCCCCCUCACCAGAAAGACAUCAGGCAAAAAUUGGGGGCCAGCAGCGGUAGUGAGUUCAUGUCUUCUUAAAUGCAUCCACAAAAAUCUUCUUUCUGCCUGACAUUAAACAGCUUCACAUGAUAGCCUAAAGGGAAGACUAAACACAUGAUCCAAUUAAGUCACGUACAUAAAACAUUCUUCUGUUCUGCAGCUGCAGACUUUGCCAGCCCAAGUACCUGUACAGUAGUUGGUAACAUGAAAAGGAAUAAACUGAUUUCCUCAUACUGAAUUCAACUGCAAGGUUUCGUACUUGAAAUGUAAGUAUUUUAUUUAUUACUAGCUUGUUUUAGAAUGACUGUAUUCAAGCUAAACUAUCGGCAGCUGCAUUUCUAAGAACUCAUAUGCUCAAUAGGACAGAGAAGCCAUGUGGAUUUGUAGGCUCCACGUGGAUAAAGCUAGAGUUUUCUCUUGCUUCUUGCAUUAUUUGACAAGAAAAGCCAUGCUCUACGAUAGGGUAGGUUAAUAAAAAAAGUAAUUUUGUAACUCUGACAA